UUAUACUCUACAAAUCAUUCAACACAGAUAAAAAAUAAUUACUGGUUAAUAAUGGUUUUCGGGUAUACCAAGCGGCACCGCCUAAAGAGUAAGGACUUACGACUAACUAACCUUACAUUAUAAAACAUAACCUGGAAGUCAAAAUAGCUGAGAACUAAGUGAAAAUUACAAUAUUUACACAAAAUCUUGAACUCUAGUCUACAUUAUUUGUGUAUAGAUUGUUAUCAUGAUUUGUCCAGAUUUUCUAGAAUUUCAGGAUAUUAUAAAAAAGAUGCGUAUACUUGACGAUAAAAUUGUAUAUGCUUUAAAUACAUCAUUACCGACGGAGUCUUUUCAAACUAAAAUAGAUGCCACUUCGGCUUGUCAAGACCUCUACGAGCAAAUUCAAAAAGGUCAUAGUGAGAGGGAAAAAGUGAUAAAAAAUUGCAUCAUUUCAUCUGCAGAUACAGUAAAAAAAUUAAAAAUAGCUAAAGAACAAAAGCCCGAUGAUAUUGAUUUGCUAAGAAAUAUAAAAGCAGAACAAAGAAAGUUACGACUUCUACAAACUGAGCUAAGUGUGGAGGAAAUAAUUAAGGAAAAAACAACUAAGUUGUUUACAGAAAAAUGUAGGAACUAUUUUAAGCCUAGUUACUAAACAAGACUGAAAUGAAAAUAUAAAUUAGUUGAAUGUAAAUAUCUAGAUUGUUUAUAGAAUCUGGUAGAAAUAUAUGUAUUAAUAUACUGUUAACCUAU